AUGGAAAUUUCACAUGGAAACAACUGCAUCCUAAAGAUUUAAAAAGGAGGUACUAUCAAAGAAGUUACUAUUUUACAGAAUGAACACAUCUUUAUUGUUGAUAAUCUACCCUUAAAUGUGAAAGAGUAAGAUGUUAUAAAUUUAUUUGAAGAAUAUGGAGAAGCAGUAACAGUUACAGUAAUUGUAGAAUUAGUAAAAUGUAAUUCACAACAAAUAGAGGAAAUUAGUUUAGUAAAAUUGGAUUCAAUAGAAUGUUAAUCAGAACAGUGGUCAUCUACCUUCUUCUUUGCAACACUAUAUUGUAAUUCCUUUUUAAUUAAGGUCAUUUUAGAAAAUUUUUGA